AUGGUCAACCGAGAAGAAGCCCUCAAGCUCUGCGUCAGCCUCGCCCGUGAAUCCCUCGAAGCAGGCGACUCCCCCUUCGGCUCCGUCCUAGUCGACGCAGACGGCAACAUCCUCCACAAGGACCGCAACCGCAUCGUCACAGGCGAAGCAGGAAACUUCCAGGCCGACGCGACGCUGCACCCGGAACUGACGCUGGCCCGGUGGGCGCAGCUCAACCUCACGCCCGAGGCCCGCGCCUCCGCCGUCGUCUACACGUCCGGCGAGCACUGCGCCAUGUGUGCGGCUGCCCACGCGUAUGUCGGGCUGGGCCGGAUCGUGUAUGUUACUUCCACGGCGCAGUAUCAGAGCUGGAUGGAAGAGGCUGGAGUCGAAAAGGGCCCUGUGGCGGCGCUUCCGAUUAAUGCUGUUGCGCCGCACAUUCAGGUUGAAGGACCGGUUCCGGGGUUAGACUUGGAGGUUAAGGCGCUGCAUCAACAGAGAUGGCAGAAGCGAUAG